AUGCGGCCACAGUCGAGUAAAGUGCCCAUUGCUGGUGGGGUACGCAGCGGUGGUACUGCUAUUAUAUACCUUGCUGUUGUUAAAGCAGGCAAAAAAGCGAGGAAGAUGGCGGAGACCACUGAUGCAAGCUCGUCGUCAGAAGGUAGAAGUAGUGAUCAAGUGAAUGAAGGUUGUUACGCCUCUAUUGACCUCACACUCCACGAUGAGCAUCAGAACCCUUUGAGGCUGUUACUGUUGAUAGUGUCGAGGCCCACGCAGCCUCUAGAUCUCAUACUACACACACCGUAUUGGCUUAUGUCGACAGCACCUCAGCCGUAUCUGCGUUAUGCGUAUGAGGAGAAGACUGAUGAUGGUGAGCAGCCAGAUGAGGCGUUUGAGGCUCCUAGAUGGAUUGCCCAUUGGGGGGCUCGACCCUCGUCGAAGGACCCUGAGGCUGCCAAGGCUGGUGUGAUACUCCCUCUAGACUGCUACGGGACUAAACUGGCAGCAUAUCUCAAUAACACUUGUAGUCGGCCUUUCUCUAUUGAUACUGUCGGCUUCACGAGUGCCAUAGCAGUCGAGAAUGGCAGCUACGGUCGUCGAGGGUUUGGACAUGGAGGGCAGCAGCCUGCUGCCGCUGGUGGUCGCCUGCCGUUGAUGGAGGGAGGGGAGAUAAUGGCUUCUGGGGAGGACCCGAAUGCCCCUCGAAAGCGGCAAGAGCUGGGGGUCCGGGUGGUGACCUCGGGUGAUGUGAGGGAUCUCUCGGUACGGUGUGUCCAUGUGGCUCCACGAUAUGUGGUGGUCAACUCUAUGACGGACCGGUCGAUACUAGUGAAGCAAGCGGACUCGCCCUCUGCCACGGCACUUGACUUGGAACCGGACCAGCAGACGAGCUUUAAAUGGUGGCAAGUCGAUCUGCCCAAGAUGCUGCAAGUGAAGCUCAAGGACGCUGGAUGGGGCUGGUCAGGUCAUCUCGCGGUUGACCGUGUUGUUGGCGAUGCUGUUUGUCAAGUAUUUCAAGAGACGGAAGGAAUGUUCAUGAAUAUACGAGUUGACGUACGGCCAUACCGCAGUUGUGUGUUUAUUGUCUUCGGCGCUGAGGACUAUACCAUUGCGAGUUACUCACUACGCAACAACUCUGACAAUUCUAUGUGGGUUCGACAGGCCCAUACUAGGGCCUAUUUCAUACCACUCCUCCGCCACUCUUCAACUCCCUUUGCCUGGUAUGAGCCGACCAAGCCUAAGAAACUGGAGAUUCUGUUAGACCCCGCCUCGAAAAGGAGCACUAUUGUUGACUUCAUACCAGAACAAAGCAACAGUCAGGCGUCAGCUGCGAGGGCCUCGGCUCAGAGUGGCGGGCCUAGUGCUCCAGCGUUCGAGCAUUCUGGUGUAUUAGUAGCACCCCUCAGAGGCCGCAGUCAAAGACUCCAGUAUAAGGUUACGAGCAGUGGACCAACUAAGGUCUUCAUCCUCUAUAAUGAGUGA